CGCUAAAAAAAAAAACAAACUUAUUUAUUGCAUACUUGUGGAUAUUUAUCAUUAACAAGAAGUUAAUUGAUAAAUGUGUCGUUUAUCAGUUGGUGAUCAAAAGUAAUUAAAUGAGUGGAACGUGAAAAAACAUCAAAGAACACAGCUACACGCACUCACACAAACAAACAUACAAUGUGAAAAGUGCGUAAAAUGUGCGCGAGACGAAGAUAAUUGCCAAGAGAGAAUUAACAGUUAUAAUUAUAAAACAGAGCAAACAAUUUGCCAAGUGGCUGGAUAAAUAACAAAAACGCCGAACCAGCCGAAGAGGAAUUCAAAACAUAAAUAGCAAAAACAAUAAAAACAACGCAGAUAAGAACAAAGAAACGUCGCGACGCAGCAGAACUUCUUUUUUUUUGCAGCGCUGCGCGAAGGUAAGCAGCGCAGCAGCAGAAGCAGCCGAUAAAAAUGGCGUUCAAGUGCAGCAGUGCCAUGAGCUGCACCGUUAUUCUGGCGGCCAUUGUUAUGCUGAGACUGCGCAUCUGUUUGGCGCUCGAUGUUUAUUUUCCCACCACGUCCGUGAAAUUCAAGCUGCCCCUCAACGAGGAGUCGGAGAGCAUAUUCUCCAAGAUACCCCUGGCGCAGUUUCAAGUGCUGCGCCUGGACAACAAUCAGCCGGCGACGGAGUACAUCUACAAUCUGGAGGAGAACCCGUUGCUGCGCAUCAAUGCCAGCUCCGGAGAGGUUUACAUGCGCAGCGACUACCAAACGGUCAAUGCGAGUGCGAAAUAUGUGCUGACUGCCUUUCCACGCAGCCUGGCGGACGCAUCCAUGGAGCAGGAGCAGCUGCUGCAGCAGGUAGCCCAUCUCACAGUGGAGCUGCAGCCACAGAACAUAAGCGAUUAUUGUGCCGAGCUGGAGCACAUUUGCUUCUGGACGAGCGCCGAUUAUACGAUAGCCGAGUCGAGUCGCAGCAGCGCCAGCUUUGAGCCCGUGCUGAUUGGCGCUCUCAGCUCGAGGGCUGCCAAAUACCUGUGCCCCCAUCGUGCCGUGGAGUACGCUCUGAAGGCGGGCAGCUCCCACUUUGUACUCAAGCAGAAUCGCCUGUAUAGCAAAAAGCCGCUCGAUCACGACGAGCUGAACGGACUGCAGGCGCGAGCUGGACAGCUGCUGGCCACCGUCAGCUGCACAGUGAAGCUGCCUGGCCAGGAGCAGCGUCAAUUCUGGCGCAGCUACAAUAUAACUCUGCUCGAUCGCAACGACAACGGGCCGCAUCUGCAGGAGCGCCAGCCACACUUUAACUUCUACGUGAAGCAGCCCUACUUUAAGGCGGCCGAGCCGGUGGGCGAGAAAAUCAUCUACUUGGACAAGGACACGUUGGCGGCCAAUGCGCAUCUCAACUAUGCCAUACUCAAUGAUAAACUGGAGCUUGUACAGCCGGAUUGCCACGCCUACGAGGCGGAUCACACCGGCAGGCCGCAUACCAUCAUCAGCUGUCAGCUCCGCUUUGCUCGCGAUGGAGUGCUGCGUCAGGAGCCAUACUGCAUCGACUUGCAAGCGCGUGACUUGACCAUUCAGGCGCGCAACGUGACGAGCACGGCGACGGCUCACAUCUGCCUGCACGUGGACACCAACCGGCUGCACGAGAGCGAUCAGCAGCUGCCGCAGGCGUUGCCGUUGCGUGUGCGCCAGCAGCGCAUCUUUGACAGCGCCGGCGAUGUGCUGCACACAGACUCGCUUGGACGGCGUCGCUUGAGCAUCGACUACGAGAAGGAUGUGUUUGUGCAUCGGGCGGCCGCCUCCUUCUAUCGCGUCGCACAGCCGGAUAACUUUGUGGAGCUGCAUCGCAUGCGCGGCUGGCGUUUCGCUCUAGUUGAGGAUCGCAGCGGAGCCUUUGGCCUCACUGAAGUGGCCGGCAUAGUCUAUGUAAGGGAUGCUCUGGCGCUGGAGCAUGCGCCGGAGACGGUUUACUUUUUGAAUGUCACCUGGCAGGACGCAGAGAAGCAGCCGCACGCGUUCGUCAUCAAUGUGCAUCUGGUGGAGGGCAGACCAGAAAAUGCCAACUGCGAGCUGAGACUGAAAUCCCGGUCACAGACCUGCGCCCAGGUCAAGUACCGGACGCAGUGCGCCAAAUUCUGCGGCCUGGCCACCAAUGGAGGAGCGUGUGUCUGGCGCGGCUCCAGCUCGGCUAUGUUUGGACGCAACUAUGGCUCGUGUGUGCCGGACGCACGCUUCUGUCCGGAUCAUGUGUGCGAUGCACUCGAGGAGCUCAAUCCGCACGCCUGUCCGCAGGAUUGCACGCCAGCCUCGCGCAUUAUGGGUCCGCACACCAGCAAUGACAAUGGGCGUGGCAUCCUGAGUGGCUCGGGCACCUGUCUCUGCGAGGACAAUGGCAAAUGCAGCUGUGCUCCGCUGCCCGACGAGGAGGAAGCGAAAGCGCGACGCCAACGCAAGCGCAAGAACGAAACGGAUGUGGAGCAGGUCAGCGUGGCGCCCGUACAGCAGGGAGCAGAGCAGCCGGAUCAGAAUGCUGUCCUGGCACUGGGCGUGCUCCAUUUGGCUGGCAUGGAAUGCAAUCGCUUCUGCCUGCUGGUUGUCAUCAGUUGCCCACUGAUCUUCGUGCUGCUGCUGCUCUGCCUGCUCUUCUCGCAGCGCAAACUGUGGCAGCGACGCCUGGGCAAACAGUCCGCCACGCCGGGCACCAAGCUCGCCCUGCCCUCCAGCCUGGAGGGCCUGGCUGGCGACGGGGAUCUGCCGCUGAUGCCACUACAAAGCGGCUUCAAGUUCGAGAGCGCCGAUGCCAAAUGGGAAUUCCCUCGAGAGCAGCUGCAGCUGGACACGGUGCUGGGCGAGGGCGAAUUCGGACAGGUGCUAAAAGGCUAUGCCACACAGAUAGCUGGUCUGCCAGGCGUCACCACCGUCGCCGUCAAGAUGCUCAAGAAGGGCGCCAAUUCCGUGGAGUACAUGGCCUUGCUCUCGGAAUUCCAGCUGCUGCAGGAGGUCUCACAUCCGAACGUCAUCAAGCUGCUGGGCGCCUGCACCCAAUCCUCCGAAGCGCCGCUGCUCAUUAUAGAAUAUGCCCGGUAUGGCUCCCUCAGAAGCUACCUGCGCCUCAGCAGGAAGAUCGAGUGCGCUGGCAUGGACUUCAGCGAUGGCGUUGAGCCUGUCAAUGUGAAGAUGAUGCUCACCUUUGCCUGGCAGAUAUGCAAGGGCAUGAAUUAUCUAACGGAACUAAAGCUGGUACAUCGCGAUUUGGCUGCACGCAACGUGCUGCUCGCCGAUGGCAAAAUCUGCAAGAUCUCAGAUUUCGGGCUGACACGCGAUGUCUACGAGGAUGAUGCCUAUUUAAAACGAUCCAGAGAUCGUGUGCCCGUCAAGUGGAUGGCGCCAGAGUCUCUGGCGGAUCAUGUGUACACGAGCAAGUCCGAUGUCUGGGCGUUUGGCGUGCUCUGCUGGGAGCUGAUCACGUUGGGCGCUUCGCCAUAUCCGGGCAUAGCGCCACAGAAUUUGUGGUCGCUGCUUAAAACUGGCUAUCGCAUGGAACGUCCAGAGAACUGCUCCGAGGCUGUUUACUCCGUGGUGCGCACCUGCUGGGCGGAUGAGCCCAAUGCACGUCCCUCCUUCAAAUAUUUGGCAGCCGAGUUUGAGAAGCUGCUGGGCAACAACGCCAAGUACAUUGAGCUGGAGACGAAUGCCGUAUCCAAUCCGAUGUACUGCAGCGACGAGGCGGCGCUAAUGCCCAGCCAGAGACUUGUCGAACAGCUCGGCGAGCCGGAAUCGCUGCAGCAUCUCUGGUCGCCGCCCAAGAUCAACAGCUAUGAUCUCGAGCUGACCAACAGUCGUGAGGAGUCGGUUAUAGAGUUUGCGUCCGCAGCAGCUGCAGCUCCGCCUGGCUACGAUCUGCCACGGCCCUUGAUCGAGGCCAGCACCACGGAGCAGGUGCUGCGCUACGAGAACGAUCUACGCUUUCCGCUCAACAUACGCAAAUCCAGCUGCGCGCCCAGCUAUAGCAACAUGACCUCAAAUCCAGCUGCCUGCCUGCCCGACUAUGCGGUGCCCGUGAAGCGCGGACGCUCCUACGUGGAUAUGACUAACAAUACGCUAAUACCCGAUAAUCUCGAUAAUCGCGAUUUUGAGAAGCAUCUCUCCAAGACCAUCUCAUUUCGCUUCUCCAGUCUACUAAAUCUCAAAGACCCCGAAACGCCGCAGCCGCAUGCCGAGGAUGCGGUGUAAAGGAAUUUCCUCAGUAUUUCGACAUUUUUGUUUUUGAUUUUACUUUUAAUUAUUUCUAGAUGCGCCUGGUUCUUUAGUUCAAAUUGUUUGUUAAUUAGUUUUAAACUUAUGUAUCAUAGCUUUAUAAAGUAGCCCAAAUUCAACUCGAAUACUCUGCCGCAUUUAGAGUGUGAGAAGAGACUCUUUAACUGAGGUUCGCAUCUCUUAGCUUAUUUAUAUAUAUAUAUAUCAUAUAUUCCUAUAUAUUAGUUCAUCAACAGCUUCAUCAACGUCUUCAAUAUCUUAUUUAUAUUCAUGCCUUGUUUGUUUCAGAGUCGAGCUUCACGUUCCAAUACUUUAAAACUUUAUAAUUCACCUUGCAGCACUGUUCUCACGCUCCAACUACCUUAGUAAUUCAUUUUACAACACUGUUCUCCAAUAUCUU